AUGUCAGACGCUGCUACGGUGGAAGAAGAAGACUAUGAGUCCGUAGAGAAUGAUGAGGAGGGCGAGGGGGAGAACGAGGAGGGGAGUAGCGAGGAGAGUGAGGUGGGGAGCAGCUUGGGGAGCAGCGCGGACAACAAGAGCAACUCUCCACCCCUUCUCCUGGUCACAAUCGGAGAAAACGAAAGUGCCAUUCCUCCGCAGCUCAAGUGGGAAGAGUCUGUAUACACCCAAAUAGCAAAGCACCACGAGACUGCCCAAGCGCCUCCUCCGACGACAUUUGGCGAACAAGAUCAAGAACACGAACAAGGUCACACUGGCCACGGUAUUAUCAGUCGUCCUUCCAUGUGGCCCACCUUAAUCCGACAACCUGCCGAUGGGCGCGAGCCGUACUAUGAGUGGCUCCAGGGAGAUGGCAUAACGGUGGUGCAAGUUGAUCAGAGCGUAUUUGAGGACGUUAGUAGCAUCUCUUCAGAAGAGUGA